AAUUUAUCCGCAGUUUCUUGGUCAGACUUGGACCAGCCAAAACAAAGCUGUCUGUCAUGAAACUACUAAUUUUGUAUUAUAUGUACUUGUACAUUUUUGCAUAUAGGAGGCUCUUAAUCGUUUGUAACAUAAUUGUUUGAAUUGUUGUACUUUUACAAAGAUUUGCUUCAAAACCAAUGGACGGCACUCAGAGAACCAGCACUAGGCUAACUUGCCUUAACAGUGUGCUAUCUUUUAUUAUCGUCUGGGCAUUUUUCUUUUAUCUAAUGUCUGGCCGGACCUCAAAUGUAUCUGACAUCUCUGUGCUACGCGAUGAAGUGAAUCAGCUAUCGAAACUGGUGCGCGGCUCCCCCACAGCCGUUGGGGCUUUUGACAGUUCCAAGGAUGCCUCUGGGCCACCUGGUAGUCCGCACUUCGUUCCAAAAGAACAUGGCUCCGAACUGACCAAAUGGAGCUCCGAACUUGCACGUAAGGUUGACGUCCUCAUGGACGAUGUGAUACAGCUAAAGGAGAAUUGCUUUAAAAUGAUGUCAAUUCCAAUUCGGAAUUCAAUGCAAUUUCCAAACGGAUUAAAAAAUACAAUUUUAAUGCAAAAUCCAAAUUUGGUCCAGGGUCCAAAUGGAAAUCAAAAUGGAAUCCACGACGCAACUACAAUCAAACAACAAAAUUCAAGCCGAGAUCUAAAUUCAGUUAAUAAUCAAAAUAUAAGCCACGAUCCAAAUUCCCACAAGGAUUCAAGCCAAUAUCCAAAUUCGAAUCAAGAUCCAAAUUCCUAUAAGGAUCAAUAUUAUAAGCAAGAUACAUAUUCAAACGAAGAAUCAUAUUCAGACCAACAUCGAUAUUCAAAGCAAGAUUCAUAUGCAAACGAAGGUGCAUAUUCAAACCAAAAUCCAUAUUUAGACCAACAUCGAUAUUCAAACAAAGGUACAUACUCAAACCAACACAAUUACGAUACCGAGAGUCUCCCAAUGGGCUAUAAUCGUUUGAACUUCGCCUCAGACGAGCUGGGGGCCAGUGUUGUCUCGGUCGAGGCCAGCCCCAUUGACGACAGCGGUAUAUUCAAGCGCCUUCUGGGCCUAGAAUUCAGUUCCAAUCCGCCGGUCAACAUGCUUCGGCCGAGUCUUGCGCCCGGCGCCUGCUUUGGAUACCGUGGGGUUCGUGCCAUUGCGAUCAUCCAUCUGGCCAAGGAAAUCGUCGUUGACACGAUUACCCUGAGCCACCCGCCCAAGGAUAUGAUGCCCAAUCUGUGUGAAAACGCACCGAAAGAUUUCAAGGUUAUCGGCAUAAAACCGAAUUACAACGAGAAAGAGCCGUUGGGCCAAUUUACCUACCAUAAUCACGCCAACAGCCGCACUGAAAUCUACCGUAUAGACAACAAAAGUACUUUCUGUAGACUGGUCCUCGAAUUCUACUCGAAUCAUGGCGGAGAGUUCACUUGCAUUUAUCGAGUGGAGGUCUAUGGAAGCUUGCCUGCCCCUGACCCACAGGGCAAUGAGCGCGGACAAGGAAAGGAUCACGGAAAAGGAGAUCUCCACGCAGAAGGAGACGACAAUGGGCAAGGAGGUGAUGUCAGCGGACAAUCAGAUUUGAGCGUACCAGAGGCUGUUCGUGGACCAGUAGAUAGCAGCGGAACAGUAGACAGCAGCGGACCAGUGGACAGCAUCGGACCACGAGACAGCAGCAGAUUAAGAGAUAGCAGCGGACCUGAUGAAAGCACCGGACCAUUAUACACCAGCACACCACGAGAUAGCAGCAGGCCAGAAGAUGUCAGUGGAGGCGAUCUCCGUCGGGGAGAUGAUGUCCGCGGACAAAAGGAAGUCUGCGGACGAGAUGGCGAAAUUUGCCAAAAACCUGGCUGCAAACGAUGCGCCCCACGGGAUAGCAGCAGACCAGAAGAUAGCAGCGGACCAGAGUCUGUUCGUGGACCAGUAGAUAGCAGCGGAACAGUAGACAGCAGCGGACCAGUAGACAGCAGCGGACCACGAGAUAGCAGCCGAUUAGGAGAUAGCAGCGGACCUGAUGAAAGCACCGGACCAUUAUACACCAGCACACCACGAGAUAGCAGCGGACCAGAAGAUGUCAGUGGAGGCGAUCUCCGUCGAGGAGAUGAUGUCCGCGGAAAAAAAGGCUGCGGACGAGAUGGCGGAAGUUGCAAAAACCCUGGCUGCAAAAACUGCGGCAGAGAACUUUAAUGUUUUUGUGAGCUCUCAUCUCCUCUCAUCGGCUUACUCUGACAAUUCUCUGACAGUACCAAUACACAUUUUCUGAUGCAGUAGGAGCCAGUGAGAGCCCUAUAUUGUUCAUAUAAACUAAAUUUAUUUGUCUCACGCUGAGUUAAUGCGCUGGCGUUCUUUUAGAUUGAAGUUUACAAGUUGUAAUUACGUUCUGGUUAUUAUUUAAAUUCAAAUAAAACGUUUCCUUGUUUGCGUUGGUUAGUAAUCGGGAAACAUGUUCUACCCGAUAAAGGAAUUUU